AGCAACGUGACGAUCACGUGAUCAGGCUAAGAUCGUGAAUGUGUGCUCGCUACUCUUGACUCGCAUGGCAAGCGGUCGUCGCUCUCCUUCUCCAGAAUCGCUGGCACCUGGCCCUCAACCGAUAGGAACACUCCACGAGUCCCUGAUUAACCUAAUUGCAGCAGGCGAACUCAUACACAGACCUGCUUCUGUGUUCAAAGAGCUGCUGGAAAAUAGCCUCAACGACGGGUCUACUUCUGAUCAAGUCACCAUCAAGGAUGGCGGUAUGAAGCUGCUUCAGAUUCAAGACAACGGCUGUGGUAUUCGUAAAGAAGACCUACCCUGGCUCGCUGAGCGUUUUACUACCUCAAAAUUGACCACCUUUCUGACCUCUCCAAGCUGACUACUUACUGGAGGCUCUGGCAUCUAUAUCACAUGUCGCGCACCUGACAAGUGGUCACGAAGACCAAGUCAAGCAACUGUGCUUGGAAGUAUGUAUAUAUAUAAUUGUGCACGGAACAGAACGCCUGAUGAAAAUUCUGCAGGGCGGCUUACGUUGAUGGCGGUC